ACCUGCAAUUCCUUCACAUCUUGCUGCCAUUCUCCAGCAUUAAUUAUCCUCUCGCUAGUCCCUAUACUUUUGCCUCUUCUCUCUCUCUCUCUCUCUCCUCUUCAUAGUUUAUACGCUCAGCAUAACACCCUCGGGAAUCAUAACCCACUCAUGACCUAAUCACUGAAACACUUCUAUUUUUCUCAGCACUUCCUUCCCUUUCUCUACUUUUCAUCCCUCGGUAAUAUUCCUGUCCAAAGAUCUCUCGCUCUCUCAACCCCUCUCGUCCUUCCAAAAGCUUUUCACCAAACCUCCACUCUCAGACUGCCGACCUUUGCGAUCUUCAUCUUCCCCCAUUAGAUCCAUUGAGCUCAAAUGGCAACCGUCUUCCCUGACCUCUCACUCCACAUCAGCCCACCGUCGAUCUCGGUCGACGGAGCCUCGGCCAUGGGGGUUUUCUUUGGGGCUCAUAACAGUUCGGCACCGACGAACUCCGGUAGCAGCGAGAGCAACAUGAGCCUUGAUCAAGCCUUCUUGAACCGUGACCGAGGACGGGAGACUGGCCACGCCGAGCCGACGCUGAGCCUAGGGCUGCAAGCCCCGGCGUCUAGUCUCACCAAUCACCAUGACUGCCACCACCACCACCACCUUCAUCACCCUCAGAUCUAUGGAUUCAAGCGGAAUCCGCGACCCGCCCGAGGGAAGAAAAGCCUCAGGGCUCCGAGAAUGAGGUGGACUACCACCCUCCACGCCCACUUUGUUCAUGCGGUGGAGCUCCUCGGUGGCCACGAGAGAGCUACACCGAAAUCAGUUCUGGAGCUGAUGAACGUGAAGGAUCUGACACUAGCUCAUGUAAAGAGCCAUCUGCAGAUGUAUAGAACCGUGAAGAGCACUGACAGAGGAGCGGCAGCAGCACAAGGUCAGGCAGACAUGGGCUUCAGCCAGAGGACAGGGUUGGAGGAAGUGGAGGGAGACGUACCAAGUGGUAAAGCUGGGGAUGACAUUACCCCUUGUUAUGAUUUCCCCAUCACACCAACCCCUGCAACACCACUGCCCAAGUCCUCUAGAGAGCUUCAUCCAUCCACGGCUGGGAGUGGUUGGAAUCCAUCAAACAAGCAGAACUCCUCAUCAUAUCUCUACUUCAGAAAUGAUAAUUUGCUCAGCAAUGACAAUCAGGUACUGGGGCAAGAUCAUCUACUCACUCAGUCGCAGGUAGUGGUUCCAAAUGUAGAGCUGAUCUCCAUGCCUACUGCACACACAGAUCUUAGAGCUUUCUCCAAGCUGCCUGACCUUGAGAUCACCUUAGGCCGCCAUGGUUGGCAAAUGGAGUGUUUGUGAAGUUAGGAGAUGCCCAAUUAGUCUGGUGAUCAUGUCAAACGAAAGCUGAAGAAGAAGAAGAAGAAGAAACCCAUCAAGAUUUAGAAGGAUGUCUUCUAGUUUUCCUAAGUCUUGCUUGGAAAUCCAUCCAUAGACAAGCAUACUUGGGGAGUUGCAGUGUCAGUGUACAUGUAGAAACAUCUUGUUCCUUCUGAGAGAAUCUUGCUAGAAUUCAAGUCACUGAAGGCACUGUGUAUGCUUUUGAAUUGACUGAAGCUUGUCGG